CUUCCUAAUGAGGAUCCUGAAGUUUUUGAGGUUUCAUCCAAGUGUCUGUCUAUACUGGUUCAGCUGUAUGGAGGGGAAAACCCGGACAGCCUGUCUCCUGAAAAUGUGGAAAGUUUUGCUGAAGUAUUGGCAUCCAAGGAGGACCCGAAGGAGCAGAAGCUUCUGUUGAGGAUUCUCAGAAGAAUGAUCACUUCCAAUGAGAAGCAUCUGGAGAGCCUCAAGAAUGCAGACAGCCUCCUGCAGGCUCUGGAGCAGCUGGCCCCAGCCAGUGGUUCAUCUGCUGACAAUGUGGUGGCUUCCUUGGCCCAGGAAAUCCUACAAGCUGUCAGCCACUAGGCAAGAAGGCACUUAGCAAAAGCCCACUCUGAAGCACCAACCCUUGACUGCACAGGCAAGGUCAGCUGCCAAACAUAGUGGCCACAUCACCACCCAGAGCUGUAUUUGGACCUAAUAAAGUCAGCUGAAUCCAGAAUCUGCCAGCUGAAGUGCUCUCACUGACUCUAGGCCCUAGAAAACCCACCUACAACAGACUUCCUCCGUUCCUAUAGGAAGCAUCUGGGAAGCCCAGGUUUGCUAGCUGUUCUCAGAAACAUACUUCCCCACUCCAUGUGGGCCAGGUAGGCCUCCUCUAAAGCACAUACUGCCUGUGCUAAUAAAGAAGUGGAUGAGAAGCA